CUCGCGGAGUGGGUAACCCCCUAACACCGCCAACGGAGCGCCUCAACCCGCUACGUAUUUUAAAGUUUAAAUUAAGCCAGUUUGAUAGAAAAAUGCAUAUAAUUUUUUUUUUCUUGAAAUCGAACAAAUUUAUUUUAGGUUUUACCACUUAACCAGCAACCAGAUGGGGGCAUCAAUGACUCUUUGAUAUUUCUUUCUCUGCGAGGGACGCCACACCCUGUGAGCCAAUCGGAGCUCAGCUCCACCUCCUCCCUCACAUCAUCUGAAUCUCUAAGUGGGAUUGUCACAUCAUCAAAGGCACCUCUCUGUUUGGUGCUUCUUCAAUCCUUUAGCAGAACACAAAGUGGAAAAAAAGAGGGAGGACGAUGGAAUGAAUGAGAAGAAGAGGAGCAAUGUGGACAAAGAAACCUCCUCCUCUUCACACCGGAGCAGACUGGAAGGUCGUCCUCCACUUACCAGAGAUUGAGAAGUGGCUGAGAGCAACCAGCGACAGAGUUGCACAGCUCACACACUCUGUUGUACAAGACAAUGACAACAGACACGUGGAUGUCCAUCUAGUGCAGCUUAAGGACAUCUGUGAAGACAUUUCUGACCAUGUGGAGCAGAUUCAUGCUUUACUGGAGACGGAGUUCUCUUUGAAACUUCUGUCCUACUCUGUUAACAUCAUUGUAGACAUUAGGACUGUGCAGCUGCUGUGGCACCAGCUGAGAGUAACAGUUCUUGUUCUGAAAGAGCGUCUAUUGCAGGGUUUACAGGACCCUAACGGGAACUACGCCCACCAGACUGACAUCUUACAGGCCUUCAGCCAGGACCAACACCAGACCCGCCUGGAUGCUUUGACAGAUGUCGACGACUGUGGUCAGCUGACAAUACGCUGCAGCCAGGACUACUUCUCCCUAGACUGUGGCAUCACUGCCUUUGAGCUAAGCGACUACAGUCCCAGUGACAUUCCUGAAGAUGAGAAAACAGAGCCCAUGAUUGAAGAGAUUUCCCAGGAUAUCAUUUACACAACAAACUCAAAUAUUGAACUCCACAACAGUUUACGACACCUCUCUGUGCAAAGUGACAUAGACAACCAUAGUUAUUUUACACCUCAGUUACCCACAAAUCAAUGUGAAAUGCCGAAUGAUAGUGAAAGCUCAAAACGCCCUCGGCAGGCUUUAAGUCACAGUACUAAAUCUUCACCCACACAGCUAUCACUUCCCAAGAGAGCAGCCUUAUUCUCAAGCAACGAAACCAAAUCAAGGGAAAGUUGCAGAAAGACCUACCAGCAAUUUGAAGUGCAAUUUAAUGCUGAGCUGAGUCGAAGCUCCCCCUGUCUUGUGGAUCCUCCAGACAAAACCAGGUUCUGGUUAGAACUGGACUCAGUUCAUCCGGAAAAUAUUCCGCAAUCCAGCGAGAUUCUUCAGAGUAAGCACAACCUCCAGAAACACCAUGUGAACUCAUCACACAGAAAAUCUGAGGGAAGCUCUUGCACUGUCAUUACCAACGCCAGCCUGGCCCUCUGUCACCUGAUGUCACAGGAUGAAAUAUCCACCCAAACAGAAAGGACACAGAAGAGGACACAUGCACCCAGUGACUCUGACCCCUCCUUGCCCUCCCCCAUUGGAGAGCAGCCCUUGUCCUCAGAUUUGGAAGCAUGUGGAGAGGAAUCUGAUCCUCAGCUGUACUGCAGCAGGACUGCAGCCUGUAUAAUGAAGCGGCAGGGACACAAGGAGACCCAGGUUCUAUCAAAAAUCAACCAGGACAGGGAGCACUGGUAUGGGUCAGAUGAGUUCCUGGCUCUCCCUGCUCAGCUCCAUGAAACUGAGAUGCUGGCUGUGAAAUUGGAAAGUCUGAUACAGUCCAGCUCCCUGAACCAGAUAGGUUUGCAGGACGUGGAUGACUGGGAGCUGUCAGACCUUAAUGUAGACUGGGACAUUGGAGAAAGUGGAGUCAACAUGAGAAACGUAUGGGAGAGUAGGAAUUACAUUACAUCUCCCCUACCAUCACUGCGCCCUUAUAUACAAAACUCCGUAAGCUGCUUCAGCUCCAACUCCUCUAGUGAUAUUGGUCCCUCAGUUGAAGAAAGCAUAGAAUCAGGGCCCUUAAGUGACCUGUUCUCAGAAAAGGGCGAUAGGAUGAGGUCUGUGGAUGGUUCCCCACAACUAACAGCGCCCCUGGUGGAUGGCAAUGGAUGUGCUUCUCUAAUGAAAAAAUUAUUAGAGGACAUGAAGGAUCAGAACAAAGACGUCUGGAGAAAAAUUGAGUGUUUUGUGCAGAAGUUGGACUGGUUCAUCUCAUGGUUGCAAGAGGCGCUAGACAGCACUGAAAACUGGACACAGCCCAGGCAGGACUUGGAGAGCCUUAGGGUUUACUUGGACACUCACCUGAACUUCAAGCUUAAUGUGGACAGUCAAAAUGUUCUGAAGGAGAGCAUAUUGGAGGAGGGAAAGGCACUACUCAGCAUCAUCACAUCCCACCAAUCGGCUCUGAAGGAUAUUCUCCAUAUGGUUAGGAGCCAGUGGGAUCAGCUCCAGAGGCAGAUCCAGCGCCAACAUGGUUGGAUGCUCUGUGUCCUUCAUCACAUCCAGGCCUGCCUCCUCCACACCAGCCAUUCACAUGAGCUCUUUACAGCCAUGUUGAACUUGUCAGCAAAUAGGCAGCUCCCAUGCCUUGCAGAAGACCUCGAGGUGGAGCUAACGUCAACUCAAAGCGACAUCCACCAGGUUGCCCUUGAGACGAUGUCAGUUAAACUGAGCAGCCUCCAUUACCCCUCAUCCUCUAGGAGGCACAACAGGAACAACAGUUUGCAGGAGUUUGAGGCAGAGUACCAAGAGCUGUGGGACUGGCUGAUGGACAUGGAUGCUGUGGUAACCGGCAGCCACCAGUUGGUGAUGUCAGAUGAGCAGAGACAUCACCUUUUCAAAAGUAGCCUCGCUGAGCUUCUGAUGAUGGAGAGCUGUAGGACUAGUCUGCUCAAACAAGCUGCCAGCCUGAAACAGAGUGGGAAUGAGCUACCAAACAACAUGCACAUCAAAAUGCACAACCUUACGUAUACAUGGCGACAACUAGAGAAAAUUCUCUUGGAGCAUUCAGUGCCAUGUUCUUCUGAGCAAAAACUAUCAUCAAAUGUGAAUACUCUGCUGGUCAGGGGUCAAGCUGAUGCUGCUGAAAGUCCCUGCCCAGCUUUGUCCCCAAUGACUAAUUCACUCCUAGAGCAACUGGAGGCUCGUAUCAAGGAGCUUAAGGCAUGGCUCCGAGACACAGAGCUGCUCAUCUUUAACUCCUGUCUCAGACAUGAGAAGGAUGCCUUUGAGCAGCUUCCAAGUUUCAAGUCCCUGUGUUCAGAGAUUCAAACCCGACGACGAGGAGUGGCUUCUAUUCUAAAACUGUGCCAGAAGUUGCUGCAGCAGAGCCAGUCAAGCCUGAUGGCUGAAGCUGGCCCAGAUGCGGAGCAGCACCAAGAGGCCCUGAAGCUGUUGUCAAUCAACCUGGAAAGAAGGUGGGAGGCAAUAGUGAUGCAGGCGCUGCAAUGGCAGAACAGACUGAAGAGAGCGUUGGGAGAGCAACAGGUUAAUGGAAACAUUCUGGAAACAGGCUGGGCCGAUCUCCACCAGAUUAGCCCAGUGUCAUUGGAUUCUGUGGCAGGGGCACCAGAUGACUCCUGGGAAUGGGAUGAAACAGAUAUAACAGUCAUGGAGGCAAAGCAACAAGAUGUACCACAACCUGACCUCACAACUGCAACCACACUAUCAAAUCCGCCCUCAAACAAGGCUUUGUCCAAUGAGAAUCAAGCUGUCGAGAUUCAAGCUGAUAUUCAAGCCACUGAGUUAAAGGAGAUGUCUAAACUGAAGGAUGGGUCCUCACUGGAUGUACAGCACAGCAUAUGCUCCCAUACACCCCCAAACAAUAACAUAUAUCAAGUGUUUAGCCUUCACAGUAUUGAAUUAUGCAAGCAGCAUAUGUUUCCACUUACUUCCACACUAACGCAUAUAAAUGAACCUAUAAAAAACAGAGAAGAUUUGCUUAAGAGCAUCAGUAAGGAUUCCUCGUGGUCCUCAGCUGAAUCCCUCCCAGACCUCCUGGGAGGUUUAUUGUCAAAUAGCCAACAACAAGACAAGAUCAGUGAAUUUCGGAAUAGUGAAAGUGAGGGUGGCAGAAAAAGUGGACAGUCGGAAAAUAGUCAACGAUCAGAUUGUGAGAGUGGGAUUGUAAGUGACAGUGGAGAUUCAGAGAUAUCAACAAACUCUGGAAAGAAAGCAAAGAAAGAUGAUCAGGGGGUAGAAAAUCAGGAAAAACAAGACUGGAGGAGGAGUGAAGCUACACAAGGACAUUAUAAUUUAGCUCUGGGAAAGAACUGUAUUACCCAGCAUAAAAGAAGCAACAUGGAAAUGUCUACGAAUUUGGAGGGAUGGAAAAAGAAUAAGCUUAGAGGUGAAACCAAAAGAAAUAAAGAGGAGAGGGAGAAGAAGAGGUACAAACAGGAAGGAGGGGAAGCUGUUGAAAUCCUAAUAAACGGCCAUUGGAUCCUGACACCUGCAAAUUCUGAAUGUGACUUUGAUGUGAAAGGCCCCAAAGACUCCUCCAAGAUUUGCAUGUCCCCGAAUGACAACGCAGAGUUUAACAUUGACCUUUGUAAUAGUUUUGAGAUUCCCCCUUGUCUCAACAGUAGGAUAUCAAGCCCAGUUUUGUCUCAGAGCUCUUCUUUGGAGUCUUUAUUGGCUCUGGGUAUUGAGUUAUUCCCCUCUAAAGAACGGCUACAUCGUAGCAUCUCGCUGGAAAGCUGCCUUAACAAAUGUCACAGUCCUGACGGUGAGGUGGUAGGCAGUCUUGCCAGUCUCGGUGAGCUGAACCAGGGACAGGAGAUAAACAGUGAUAGAGUUAAACCAAGUGAAGGCAUAAAUAGUGGAACUGAAACAUCUUCUGGGAAUCUUAGCCAAAGAACCCUUGAUCUCCUGAAACGUUUGGAGAACAUUCAGAAUCCUCUGCUAGUGAAGAUGAAACGCAGUGUUUCUGACAAGUCAAUCCAGUCAAGCCAGUUCCUUGUUUCACCCUCUUUAGGUGGCCAACACACUCCACUCUCUGAGAAUUUUAGCACUUCAUGGAAAGAACAGCCAUCACAGAUCAAUGAAACGUUGUCAAAAGUAUCGCUCACCGAACUGAGUAGCACAGAAGACUCAUCUAUGGAGUCUGAGAAUUUUGUCAUACUCAGAAAUCAGCACCACAUUUGUCUAGAUCCAAACAUGGCAGCCAAUACCAGCUCCAGGUCUCAAAGGAAGCAAUACCACAAUGGCAGCAGCGGUAUGAAAGGUGCAGAUGAUUCAGAUGCUACAAGUUUAAGCAUGGUGGUAAAUGUUUCAUGUACUUCAGCAUGCACAGAUGAAGAUGAAGACGACAGUGACCUGCUUUCUUCCUCCACACUGACGCUCACUGAAGAGGAACUUGGUGUUCGGGAUGAACAGGAUGGGGAUGAUGAGAGGGUUAAUUGUGUGUCCUCUGGCAAUGACCAGGAUGAGGACAAAGAUGCAGAUGACAUGGAGACCUCCUACGAGCUGGGGCUUGAGUAUAUGAAGAGGGAGUUACAGAGUUGGAAACGAUCUCUUCACACCUCUGCUUCCUCCUCAUUCAAAACAGAGGCAGGCCUUUUGGAUGAGUUGCAGUGUGGAAGUGCUCCAUCUUCCACCUUCACAUAUUCAACUACACAAACAUUAGAAAUCAAUAACAAGGCUGGCAACAAUACAGCAAGUAGAAAGGAAAACAAAGAUGACAACAGAAAGAAUGUGACAAGAAGUUAUAUCAGCCAGUUUGACAAUGAUGUGGAGAAUGGAAAUGUAGACCACAGCUGUUUACAUGAAAAAGAUGAAGAUGAUGACCUUCUCCAAGAAGAGUCUGGCUUGCUCACUAAGAAAAAAAAUACUUUAGGGGAAUUGUAUUUCAACAUCAAAACAGAGAAGCCAGUUCAAGAUGUUGACAACUUGAGAGCUGAAAUGGAUUCAAGUUCAACAAGACAUAUUUGUUCAUCCCCAUCAAAAGAGCUCCUCCUCUUUUCAUCCAAGCGUGCUUCCUCUUUGGUGGGAGAGCUGAGAGGAGAACUCCCCUGCCACAGCACUAUCCUCCCUACACCUACUUUGCUGUCUCCAGUUUACUGCAGAUCCCACAGUGCAUUGGACAACAGCCAAUCGAUUGCUGAAGGACGGAAAGCCAUCACAAUUCAAGAGAAGUUUAAGUUCUCAUCAUUGGUGACAGAGGAGACGAGGAGUGAAGUCCGAGCAAAAGAUUCACAUCUCCUUUCCAAAAAAAGUCACAAAUCCUAUUCCUCCUGCUGCAAUCCCUCCCUCUUGUCGCCCCAUCCACAAAGCGGAGAUGAAUGCGAGAAAGAGAAAGUGCAUGACUUGGUAAUGGAGAUUAUUGACAUGUCCUCUGUAGCACUAAAAAGCAAAAAGAACCAGUCAGAUGGAGUAAACCACGGGGAGACCAGUGGGUCUGUCCAAGACCAAUCCUCCACAUCACUAGCACAUGCCAGAGACAAGGUGCUUGAACACUCUCACAGGCCUCUUCAUCUUCGGAAGGGAGACUUCUACUCCUACCUGUCUCUCUCCUCCCAUGACAGUGACUGUGGUGAGGUCAGUCAGUGUGCUGAGGACAAGAGCUCGACCCCUGUGCCCUACAGCAUUCCAUCCUAUUUCACAUCAACACAAGCCCUAAACAGGCCAAGCCCCGAGCUAUUUCCAGGCACCAAACAGCCAACAUCUAUCUUUCAGUCAGCUCAGUUGACCAAAUGCUCUUCACCUAACCUGACCGCUAAGAACAACAUUGGCUGUUUGGAUUUGAAGUGUUUUGACAGUGAAACUACCAGUGUCACAAAUGGAAGCCAAGCAGAGCAGUGUUCUAGUCUCUCUCUGUCCAUACCUCCCAGUCCUGACAUUAGGAAUGAGGAGACGCUGUUUGAAGCCUGUACAGAGGAAGUUUACCUAGGCCCACCUCUUUGCUACAGCAUAGUGAUCAAAAAGAAACCUCAACCAUUCCAGCAAAAACUGUGUUUGGAUACCUCAUUGGCUAGUGGCAGUGAGAUGAACAAAAAUGCACCUUCUUUGUCCCUAGAGUGGCCAAAUUCAGAACUGGACAACAGGCUGACUGACCACUUUUUCUCAAAACAAGGCUGUGGUUCUUUCCUCGUCUCUCCUGUUCCUGAACCUAGUUACAGCUCAUUUUCCACCUCUCCGCUCUUAGGAAGCAACUCCAGCUCUUCAGAUGACAACCUUUUUUCUCCGCUGCCUGUAUCCACUGGUGCAAAAGAAAAACAGCUCAGUGAAGACCUAUAUCUCUCCUCUGAUGGUAUUGUAGGAAAAGUUGCGACUCCUGUGAGUGUCAGCAUGCCGCAGGAGAAGAGAAGUAGUAAUGAGGGGCCUUCUUAUCUUAAUCCCUGGGUGCGUGUUGCCCUGAUAGAGUCCUUCGCCACAAAAUGUUUGGCAGAUACUAAAACGUUUGAAUCCAAUAUGGGCACCGUAAUGACCAAGAUAAGUGUCUCCAGCUUUGCUACUAAUCCCUCAAAAGAGCCAGCCACCGCCGCCACGCGUAUUAAUCCCAAAAUUAACUGCUCAGCGAUCAGAAAGCCUGAUAGGGAGGAGGGGAAGACGGGCAAAGAGUCAGAUACUCAAUGGACAGAGGAGAAGGAGAAGAGGAGAAAGGGGUGGAGCAGUUCGCAACAAGAAGCAAAGUCUACCAUGAUGAAACAGGCUGGCUUUUGGCCAGUUGUCAGCCAAGCCAUUGGAGCAACACAAGAUGGAGCAAACCCAUAGUGAGGUCCCCAAGUCUCGGAUGUGAGGAGUCAGAACCCCUCCACCCGCCCAGGAAAUCAAUGGCCAUCCAGCCUGUGACGUCCAUCGCAUCCUGGACUCCUGGCGAAGAGGAUGAGGUUUACCCUGUUACCUUGUUAAUUGGCAGAGGUAUGGACCUCAAGAACGGUCUUGGGUUCCUCAGAGCUUCAUCCUGCAUCUGGUCCUCUUCACGGAGUAUGAGCACAGGUUUUUGUGAUUUGCUGGUGUGUUUUCCUGUUCUCUCUCUCACCUGCAGGGUGCAACAGGCAGGAACAGAGGUCCAGCUGCUUUCCAUCAGGGCUUAUCAAGGACAGCAUUCAUAAGCAGCUGGAAUCCUAAAGGAGGUGUCAGAUUGUUUACUCACCCAGAGUAGUUAUCAGACCAGCGGACCUAGCUCUGUAAAUUCUUGUCGCCUAGACCGUGUUGCUCACCAGAGUUUUUUACCUUUGUUUCUAGAGUGAAUCAGAUCCCUGAAGACCUGGACCUGGAUUACUGUUGUCUGAUGUCCCAUGUUCAAGUCCUCCAUUGGUUAAAGCAGUGGUUUUCAAAGUGGGGGAUGCCAAGGGGCGCUAGGGGGGCCUCAGAAAGGUUGGGGGGUUGAUUAAAACAAAACACUGUUCUUAUUCUCAACAGUUUGUUAAAUGUUAUCCAGUGGGAUUAUAAUUGUGUUAACAUAUUUUAAUAAAAUUAUUACAUUAAAUAAAUUUACUGAUUAUUGAAUACUUAGUAAAAAGUCAUUUUACAUUUUUUGUUUCUUUACAUAAUUUUUGGCAUUGUCUGUGGGUUUGCAAAAGGGAGUUCCUGCCCAGAAGCUAAUACUGUUUGGGGGUCCUUGGUAUGGAAAAGUGUGGGAACCCCUGGGUUAAAGCACUUAACUGUGUUUUUCCUAGCAAGAGCCUCCUUGAGCUUCCCAAGACCUGCCUGCUCAAGGAAGUUGCCAACCGCUGUCUUGUGCCUCCCUGCCUGUCCACCCUCCAACAUCUCACACCACCAUCUGAGGUAACAAACAACAGAGUUACCCACGUAAACCGACAGCCACUCCUGUCACCCUUAUCCUCCGUGACAUUAUUUACCUCCUCCCGAAUCACUUCUGCAACUCACAACAGUAAGAUUUACUCACCAUCAGUUCUGAUAUCCUGUUUUCCUCUACCAACUAUACUCAUCCCUCUUUCCUCCUCAGUAAACCGGCCCGAAGGAACCAGACUCCCGGACCAUCCAGUUGAAAUUUCUUGUGUCACAAUAAACCUGUUUAACCAAAACUCUGCCUCCGUAAUUGUUACCUGCUCAAAAGAGUUCUACAUUAUGACAGCUAUAGAAUCCAGCAAACUAAAAAAGCAGUCAAAGAAAACACUUUUUGACUUGUGUAACAGCAAGUUAUUUCUACUGUUCGGCCAUGACACAUUUUUACACCAAAACAGGUUGAAAGGAACAGUAGGCUUUUCCCUAGUUGUUUGAUUGUUUUAAAAUGGUUGUUUUAACCUACCCUCACGGAAUUUGAAAUAAAUAAAUAAAAACUAAAAACUCAUUAAUAAAUCAAUGGCUAUUUGUUUAUUUUCUUAGUGCAGUUCCUAUUCUGUGAUCAGUUGCUAGUUUUCAAAUCACUUCUUGUUCAUUUGUCUUGUUAAAUUGAAGUUUAUUAUAAAAUGGAUUCUACAUUUUUCAAGUCCAUAAUAUAAGCGUUUUAAACUGAAUUAGAAGUGGCUGCAGUCUAAUAAUUUUGGUAAUUAAAUAGUAAAAUAACAUAGGUUUCAUUCUCCUUUCAAGAUAUUUUAAACUCUAACUAGAGUCAGCGAACAUGAACAAAAGGACAUUACUGACAUAAUCUGUGUGUGUGUGUGUUUUAAUGUAUGAUGUGCGCACCCUAUAGGUGCCUCCAGGGCUAAGCAAAACCUCCUGCCCUCAUACUCUAAACACACAAAUGUGCACCUGCACAUCCACACACACCCCUGAGGGCAGGGCAUGAGAGUCCAGGUAGAAGCUAUGACAGCCCAACAGCUGCAGGUUAGACAGACACACUAUUCACACACACAAACAUACGCACCUACACCAACAAAUAGCACAAAGGCACACAACAGAGGACAAUUCUACAUAAACACCUAUUUGCAAAGAACCAAAAAAACAUAUCCCAGCCAAAACAUACACAGUGGAUGUGAUACUGCGACAAGGGACACACACUCACCAUCAUAGACAUCAUAUCUAUGAUGCAUAUAACUGGUCCUGACCCCCAUGACGUGGCUGAGUGUAGCCCACCUGUUAACACAACACACACACUGUACACACAAACACAGGUGCAAUUAAAGCAAUCAUGAAUGCAACUCAUGAUGUGCUUUGUGACCCAGACAGCAGAAGCUCCACAGCAAAGCACACAGGAGUGUGUGGAGUGUUCAGGUUUUAUCACUGACUUGCACAUAAAAAAGCUUACCACAUAGUAGCCGGAAGAACAAAGAAAAAUAAGUAACACACAAACAUGUUAAUAUCUUUGGUUAUAGCAUUUAUUUAGUCAACACAUACGCAUUUUUUUAUAAAUUCGACAAACAAUAUAAAUUAAAUAAUUUUAGCAUUUCAAAUUUCUCAUAUUGUGCAUGCAUAUAUAUGAUAUUGCCGAAGGUAUUCACUCACUUAUCCAAACCCUGUAAAUUUCAGUGUUCCGAUCACUUCAGUGAUAACAGCAGUAUAAUAUGUAUGCAGGCAUGCAGAAUUAUUUUACAAACAUUUGUGAAAUAAUGGGUUGAUCUCAGGAGCUCAGUUAAUUCGAGUGUGGUACUGUGAUAGGAAGUCUGUUCAUGAAAUUUCUUCACUACUACAUAUCCCACAGUCAAUCACUGGAAGCAUUAUAACAAAGGGAUUUUCAAUUACAGCAUCUAAGCUAUGAAAUGGUAGACCAUGUAAAAUCACAUAGUCAGGUCUGUGGAUGCUGAGGCGCUUAGUGUGCAAAGAUCACCAACUUUCUGCAGUGGUUAAUGGCGUGGGUUUCUAUGGCUAAGUAUCUGCAUCCAUGUCUUACAUCACCUAGAGCAAUGUAAAGCAUCGCAUGAAAGUGGGCACAAGUGGAUUGUCUGCCAAUUCAAUGGAUGAGUCUGGAUUUGGCAGUUGCCAGAAAUCACUUGCCUGACUCUAUUGUGUCAAAUGUAAAGUUUGGUGCACAGGGCAUAAUGAUGUGGAGCACUAGUUGAGCUUGAACCCUUAGUUUCAGUUCCAGGAACUCUUAAUUCAUCAGCAUACCAAUAUAUUUAGGCAAUUUCAUAUUCCCAACUUUGUGGAAGUUUGGUAGUGAGAAACACAACUGACCUACACAGAAUAGUGACCUUAACCCACUAGAACACGUUAGGGAAGUAUUAGAGCAGAGACUUGUCAAACGUCAAUGACCUUACAAAUGUGCAUUUAGAAGAAUGGUCAAAUAUUACCAUAGACAUAGCCUAAACCUUGUGGUAAGCCCAAACGAGUUAAAGCUAUUAUUGUUGCAAAGCGGAUAUGACAUCAUAAUUUUAAACCCCAUGGAUUAAGAAUCGGAUGUCACUUGACUUUACAUGUGUGUGAAGGGAGAUGAGUUAAAGGUGACCUAUAAUACUUCCUUUUAAACAUUUGGGAUAGGUUUGUGGGCUAUACAAAACAUGUUAAUAAAAUUUUUCACACAAAAUCAUUCUCAGAUAAUGAGAUUUCAACUUCUCAGUUUCCCCUUUUUUGAGCUUCUUUGAGAAUGAGCUGUUUUGCGGCUCUGUCACUUUUAUGCAAAAUAGCUGUAUCUGGCCAUGCCGCCAACCAGAACGUGAAAACGCGUUCAAAACUUAUAAGACAACAAUAAGUAGUCACAUGUCUGUCAUCUGCAGAUGUGCCCCAAACAGUAGGGACUGAAUUCUUUUUCAGUAUAAGUCUUAAUGCAAAUCCUGACGUGUACUGAUGUGACUUCUCAAAGCAGUCCAUGGUGAAGUGAUUCGUGCAAACUAGUACUGUCUUCGGCAAUGUGACUGGAACAUUGCCCUCAAAUAUGAAAGCCACGAAUCUCUGUUAUCCAACAGCGGGAGAAUGUGCAUGGACACAUGUGGGUCUUUGCAGCCAACAACAGAACAUCUGCCUUUGAGGGCAGCCAUUGUAAGGCACGUGUAAGGUAAAACCACCUGGCGGGACGUGAUCCUCUAUUGAAAAUUAAGGGGGAGGAGCUUCGCUUCAGCUCCGCUUCAGUCAGGGGUGGGACCCAGGUAACGCUAGGUGCGAGUGUAAUUGUGACGUCACAAUUAAACAACUUUUAAAACCACGAGUUUUCUAGAAAAGAAAAAAACAGCUGACUUUUUCUUUUUCUUUUUUGCGUUUUGACUGUUUAUAGAAGCAUUAGAGACCCAAAUGAAAGACUAGAAACAAUGCAAAGUGAAUUUUGCAUAAUAGGUCCACUUUAAUAGUUUUGGCAAUGUAUUGUUUGUUUCAUACAUAUAGAAAUCAAAACUGUGUUGUAUUGAAAUUUUACAUACAUUUACUGUUUUCACCAACAUGAAAAGAAACAUUCUUUUUUGU